AUGAGACACAGGGGGCCCGAGGAGGAGGCGUGCGGCGUGUGGCUGGACGCGGCGGCGCUGAAGAGGCGGAAGGUGCAGACACAUUUAAUGAAACCAGGCGCCAAAAUGCUGACAUUGCUUCCUGGAGAGAGAAAACGUAGUAUUUCUUUUACUCAAAGAAGAGGCACUCGGCAGACCAGUAUUACAUCCUUUGUCACCUUACAACCAGGAAUGGCAAAUGGUGGUAAGCAGAGGAACAUUUUCUCUCUUGAAGAAAAUCAGAUCAACAAAGAGCGCAAGAGAACUCAGCUAGACUGUUCGGUCCAGCAAUUGGGGGAUGAUUGCUUGGUAUCACCUUUGGCCACGUCCACUCCCACCAACAUCCAGGAAGCUGGACAUUCUCCUCAGUCUCCCUGGAUUUCUAGCUGCCACAGUUUGGAAACACCGUCUUUGACUAUGGUAUCUUUGCCCCAGCCUGAUGUCCUGAUGGGCACUGGAGAGGGUAAAGCCUCCCUGGCACCUUCCUUCUCCCAGUAUUUGGAACGUUCUUAUCUGACGGAUCAAAAGGAAGCCAAGAGGAAAAGCGAAUGGCUUCAUGGAUCCGAGACAAACUGUCCAGGCAUGGGAAGCCAUAUCAGACCAUCUUGGGGUAAAUGCCAUCAACCCUUGGAUGAAGCUGAAGUGGGGAAGAGGGGGCCUGCCAAGGAAAACAGGCCGGCUUCUGUGCAUCUUCAAACCUACAGGUUUGGGUCCUUGAGUAGGAACAAACCACUAUCGGUGACAAAAAGCCCUCGUCCUCUUUCUGUAUUUUCCUGGGACAGUGAAAGGAAUGACAAGGACUCCUGGAGUCAGCUUUUCACUGAGGAUUCCCAAGGCCAGCAGGUCAUUGCCCACAACACUAAAAUGCCUUUCCAAGAUGUAACCAAUGCUAAGAAUCAAGGCCUGGGGCAGUUUGCUGACAGGCCUCAGGCUCAGUGCCAAGAUGGGCCUGCUGGGUCAAAUCUGCAGCCACACCUGCUCUUUACCCAGGACUCAGAAGGCAAUCAGGUUAUCAAGCAUUAGCUGUAAUGUUUGGGUGAGUGUAUCUUGAAAUCGCAGAGAUGGAACAAAGUGGGGGAGGGGGCUGGGUAGAGAUGAGGGUUUAGGAGAGGCCAGGUGGGAUGAAGCAGUUGUCAUUUUGGAACAGUUUCCUUUUGGCAUACUUCCCCUCAGGUAAUUGGGACAUUCCAUGAAUGAAUGUGAUGAGGACGGAGACAGCAGGACAUGACUAACCACUGAAACCAGUUUACAUAGCUGCUACUCUGCCCUUCCAGAGGCCUUACAGCUUUUGAUUGUUAUGGAUAGAGGUGCGCUCUUUUUAUCUUUGGAUCACUCAAGCAUGAAUGUGGGACCCUUAUUCCCAACUGCAUUUUAAGAAAUGCCUAUGUCCCCAAUCCAGGUGUGUGGCACUCGUGGUGGGGGAGAGCAUAUGGUAGAUGAUCUUGUUUUAAAUUGUUAUCUAUACGUUAUUCAUCUAUGCUUGGCUCAGCUGUUGAGAGCACUGUCUGCUCUUGUGGAGGACCCAGGUUCAGUUCCCAGCACCCACGUGUCAGCUCACAGCUGCCUGGAGCUCCAGUUCCCCGGGAUCUGAUGCCUCUUCCACCUCUGCAGGCACCAGGCACACGGCACACACAUGGUGCACAGGCAUACAGGCAAAAUGAAAUAAAUUUUUAGAAAGUUGUUUGUGGGCUAGAGAGAUGGCUCAGUGGUUAGGAGCACUGACUGCUCUUCCUGAAGUUCCAAGUUCAAUUCCCAGCACCCACAAGGUAGAUCACAACCAUCAAUAAUGUGAUCUGAUGUCCCCUCUGGCAUGCAGGUGAACAUGCAGAUAGAGCACUCAUACAUACAUUAAAUAAAUACAUCUUUAAAAAAAGUUGUUUGCUUUAUCUUUCCCUCCCAGAAUCUGUGAGGGAAGGGGGAAGUUCCCUUUGCAAAACGGACUUAAGGUUAAUGUCUAGA